AUCGGCCGAUCGACAGGCGGAAGUGUCGCGGGUGUUUGGCCCGUCGCAUCCGCUCUCGGUUCUCUCUCGGCGAUUACGCCUGCGCUCGGAUAAUCGACCGCCGCCGUCAUUCUCGAUCAGUGUGAAAUGAAACAUCGUGUGUCUCGUUGAUUAUCAAUAUAAUACAAUCGUGUAACAAAGUCGCAAUCGUUUUCUAAUGAGGGCCUCCACGAUUCGCAAUCUCUCGCUGCUCUGUUGCCUCGUCGUCUUCGUUUGCGGCACAUCGUCGGAAAAAGUAUGCAACUGCGAGCACUGUCGGUGCGCGGCCAACGCGGCCACCAGUAGUGCCGGUGCUAGUGCAGGUGUGGGUGGUGGUGCGGUGGUCCAAGUGUCAAAUUUACCACCGCCUGCAGCGACGAAGGUCGCUUACGUCGCCGACGAGGUGCUCAGCAGCUUUCCCACGUGCAAAGACUGCGGAGAGUAUCAUCAUCAUCAGCAGCAUCAUCAUCAGCCGCGGCCGAGAAGUAACAAUGAUCAUUCGAGUGCUCAGAUUUAUCGCCAAGAGGCUGCUCGUCGAGUCUCGGAGCCGUGCAGAUGCCAGCUCAAGGUUGGCAAUGGCAACGAGCUGCGCACGACCAUCAGGCUCGAGCCCGCUCAACAACAAGAGGCCGUGACGAAGAUCGUUCUACCCAAGAGCAGCUCGCCGAAAUCCGAGCAGAUCUCGAGCGUCUCGGUCGUUCCGUCCAACGUCGCUCGAAUGGCCAAGAAGAAGGAGCUACUGAAGAAAGAAUCGGAGACGACGUUGAAGCCGGUCGUGAUCGAUUUCGAGCAGUUGCAAAAAUUGUUGACGAGCGGAUCGUUGACCAACAACAACAACGCAGCCAGUGACAAAGACAAGCGAAUGCCGACUCCCAUAAUAUUGUACGUGGUCGCGGCGCCCAAUGCCAUUACGCUCGAAAAGUCCAAGCCGAUCGAAGCUGCCAAGGGAAUGAGCGAACCGAUCUCGGAACCGGCGACGACUACGAAAGCGAGAGCGAAUAAUGACUCGGAGCCAUUGCGCAUGACGCAGCUCGCCGGCCGGACCAGCACCCAAGGGUUCGCAAAGAAAUUCCGUCGAUCGCCAAAUCUGCGACAGCGCCGCUUGGACGAGUCCACCCGGGCGUCAAGCACAGCCGUGCCAACAGCCAUAAAGGCAUCAAAAAUCUCCUUAAAAACAACAACAACCACAACAACAACAACAUCGGCUCCGCCGCAGCGAUCGCCACCACGACCUCUCGGCCAGUGGCUGCGCGGACUAAGGCAGUUGGCGGAAUCGUCAACAACGGUGCCGAGCGAGUCAAGCAGCAGCGACGUCGUCACGGAAAGGAGCAAAAGAUGGAUCAAGAAUCCGACAAACGGCCACGCGGCGCCCGUACGACCACCACCUCCAGCCCGAUCGCCAGCCGCAAGCAAAAAAGUCCCCAAAAAGACCUUCCGGCGUAUCAACGGCUCGGAGCAGCAACCAAGGCAGCAGCAGCAGCAGCCGUUAGAAGGCCCCGACACCCGACUGACUCUAUCGUCCUUGGAAAAGAGCUUUACAGCGGCGGCGGUGGCCAAGAAAAAGAAAACGGCGAGUCUGAAGAAGAGACUGUCCCCGCAGCUGGCACAGAAGUCCGCGAAGCAAGAGGAACCAGUAGCAGCAGCACCGAAAAGCCCGUCAAAGCCAGCCUCCUCGAGCGCAUCAAAGCUCGCGUCAGACGACAGCAGCACGAGCGACUCCCUUGACACUUCAGAUCUGCAGCAGAGACGCUACAAGCUCGUGCGCCGUCAUCUGUCGAGCCGUGGCCAGAACAACGACUACUGGAUCAUGAGGAUACCCAAGCGCAACGAGUCCACCUUCGCCACGGUCAUCGCCGACGCGGCCAAUUUCGUCGCCAAGCUCUUCUCCAACGGCCGAAGGUCCUACGACCGUGACUGAGAGCUGAUCGGGCUCUCGACGAUGAAAUACUCCCAACCCCUAGAUAUUUUUCUAUGAAUGUUAUUUUUUGUACUCGAAUAGAAUAUAGCCACGAUGCGCAAUGAAAUAAACAGCUACUUUGAAAUAUAAAACGAUCGAUUUGCAAUUCAAAUACCUUGCCGAACGAUAUACGCACCGUCUGAAUCAUCGCGCUCGUUUGCAUGUAUAUUUACAGCGACACUUUCUGUUAAAUUCGAUCUAUUUUCUGUACAAUAGUUUUUAUUACGAUCUAUUUUUUAAAUAAAUAUUUUUACAAAUCUCGUUAUAAAGAAUUGAGAUCACUUUUUUUCAUACUUAUAAAUCUAUCCUAACGAUGUUUCGAUCGAGUAAAUGUUCAAAAAUUAAGUUCACAGAGCGAAAAUUAUGACCACAUUUAUGACUUCUUAAUCUAUACGCAACUGAGUU